AUGGAAGUGACGCCGUCCGCAGUUAUGAAACUAGUCUACUACACUACCUCCGUGCUCGCUCUUUUGCUUGCUAUACUGCAUGUCAAUCCGGUGUCUAGCAGCCCAGUCCCUUCUGAGCUUCCAACGGAAAAAUCCCGCGGGGAAACGCAAACAAGCAGCCCACCGACAAUAGAAGAGGACAGAGUGAAAGACGAAGAACACUAUCCAUCUGAAUCCCUGCAGGGAAGACCAGAGAACGCACCACUUGACAAGCUUUACUCAAUACCGCUAACAGAUGAAGAAGAAGAGGAGAAAAGCUCAGUCCUUACCGAGCCAACAGGCGACUCCCAUGAUGAAAUGCCAACACAUUAUAGCCAGUCGGAAAUAGUAGAACUAGAGCCGCUUCCUAUCAGAGAACCUCCAUCUAGAGAACUUUACAGUUCACCGACGGAACCGAACAACAAGUACCUCGCUAAAAUCGCCGAGAAACCGUCUGCAGACGAGCCGAAAUGGUGUGGCUGCUUCCCCUGGGCGCACGGGAAGUAG